AUGCCUUCGCUCUCUACUCCGUUUCUGUUUUUCGAAAUACCAACAGACAAGUACAAGCAGUUUUGCCCUAAUGGCAUUACAAACAUAACAGAAACGACUGGCUACAUUACAUAUCCCAGCUCUGGUGAUUAUGGCGUGAACGAGACAAGAUGUUGGAUGUUUAAAGUACCCGAGCCUUACGUAAAGGUUGCCUUUGUUUUUCACAGGUUGGAUAUUGAAGAGUGCAAAUCUUGUCAGUGCGACUUUAUGCAAGCCUACAACGAUUACAACGUUUUGCAAUAUGCCGGCAAAAUAUGCAGAAGAAAUUCUUUCGAAUAUUUAGAACAUCGCCGACUUGAAGUAGGGAACCCAGUUGGCUAUUAUGUAGAUGGAACGACACUGUACUUACGUUUCGUCUCGGAUGAAGCUGUUCAUCUCAAAGGAUUCAAUGUCAGCAUCGUCCCUGGUUCCUAUAAUGGUGGUGGCGUGAUAACCUACCUGAAUGCAUCGGAGGAUGAGACCAUUGAGUUUGGAACUCCAAAGUAUGGCAUCAAGAAUUAUCCUCACGAUUAUCAACAACAGUGGUUUUUAAUCGUCCCUGAAGGACGGCAAGUCCAACUGGAGUUCGAAUCAUUCGAACUAGAGGAGAGCGAGAACUGCAAAAACGACUACGUUGAGAUCCGAGAGGCAUACUUCUUUGUAGAUGAGGGAGAUCCGUUUAAACUAGGGGGAGAAUUCGGUGAAAUCCUGACCGGACACCUGUGCGGUAAUACAAAGCCGAGUACGAUGCAAAGUAAAGGGAACAUGGUCUGGGUGAACUUCAAAAGCGACGACAACACUACUACAGUGUACAAAGGAUUCAAGGCCUCAUUCCUGACGGCAGGUCAAGGAAGACUGUCAGUCAGUAACCCAAUGACCCUUUUGUUGCUCUCGGCCUUUCCUCUGAUUGCAUCAAAGAACAGUGUUUCCUAA